AUGCUCAAUUCGAAGUGUUUGUGGAACACUCAUGAACGACGGCAGCGCUCGGGGAGCAGGUACAGCGUCCCGCAGAACGCAGCACGGUUGAAUCCCGCCAGGUUUUGGGAAACCAUUCCCGGCCCUUCCAGCGGGUCAAGGAAAAGGAGGUGGCCCGGGCGCCAAAGGCUGCUGCCAAUGCAACUCGCAACUUUUGAAAUCAAUCCUUUUUGCAUCAUGCAACGGAUGCCACCGCUCCUCGGGCUUGCAACCCCCCACCCCUCCCCCGAGACCAAUCAUUGCCGCGCUCGGGCCUGCACAUCGCCCCCGCCCCCUUUCCCGGGCCGCACGCAGCCACCGAGCCGCUCCGGCCGCGGCCCGCCGCCUCUUAAAGGGAGGGAGCCGGCCCUUAAAGGCCCCUCGCUCGCGGCGCACAGCGGAGCGCGGCGGCCCUGGUUCCCGGCAGGGGCCCGCCGAGUCAGGCCGAGCCCCCACGGCGCCCAGGCGCGGCCCGGGGCCCUCCCGCCCUCCGCGCCGUCGCCCGGAGAGGCCUUUUUAUUCAGGCGACGCUUAAGGGAGCCCGGCCGCGCCCGGUGCAUUGUGGGAGCGGCGGAGUCCCGUUCGCGGGAGGAGGCGGAGGGCGCAAAGCGAACCGGUAAGCGCCUGGCUCGAGGAGGGGGGGCGAGACACCAGGCUUAA